GUUCAUUGUGCCACAAGUGCAUUCCGAGUGCCGGCGACGCCAAUUGCUCGUUACGAAGCUGGGGCCAGUUGCGAAUCGCUCUGUGAAAGCGACAGUGACGUUUCCCGGAGCGAGGGCUCGGCCCUUGCUGUAGACUCGAGCAGGAAAAAAAACGAAACCCGCGCGUUUAUUCGCGAACGUCUACGAGAAGGUCGCCGUGUUUCCGCGAGAUAGACCGCUGCCCGGUUUCCCAAUUUCGAGAGAGAAUCUCGAGUGACGGAAAUCGGCUUCCUCGCCGGCUUGCAUUCAAUUAGCGGGAAAGACGUUUCGAUUAACCGGGGCCUGUCGAUACGGUACUUUCCGCGAUCGUGAAUUGUGCCGGACGAAUCGCGACACGGCGAAAACCGUGAGCAUUCUUCGUACAUACGCGUCGUGGCGCGAAUAGAAUCGUUUCGCUUCGAUACGACGUUAUUUUGCGAGAGGAGGGAUCUUCUCGUACGACGAAAAAUUGAUCUUGUUUUUGUUUCAAAUGUCCUAUUGGAUGUGUGAUUUUCGCCGGGGACUGAGAGAAACGAGGUGACCUCAAGUUAACGCGGAAGUGGCAACGUCUAAAGACCUACGCGGAUUAAAUCAGAGGCUGUGCGUACUGAGAGUACUCAUCUUACAUUUUUUCUGCUCCGACUGGGACGGCGAGGCACGAGAAGAUGGAAGCGUCACUUUUACUCGGGCACCAUCUACAACCGCCGGGAUUUUUCCUGCACGGGUUAUGAAAAAAUUCUGAAAUUAAGGCACUAAGGAAGACAACUCGAGCGCUUUGGUCGUGCCGACGAAAUUCCCAUUAUAAGAACGUUUUUCCAGAACCCGUAAUUUCAUUGCGAUGAGUAUCUCAGGGAUCCCGUGGAUCUUCCUCGUAAUCGUGGUCUUCAGGAUGGUGUCCUUUUCCAACUCCUUGAUUGGGGAUCACGUUUGCUCGAGAGUGGAGAAUUAUACGGUCACGUCAUACGAGACUUACACCGAGCCGGUCGUGGUGAAUACAUUCACCUGGUGCUUACAAAUUCCCCCGAGAUGCCCGAAGUCGCGGACCGAGCUACGACAGCGGUAUCGCGUAAAGACGGAGGAAAAGUCAAAAACCGUGGAGGAAUGCUGCGAAGGAUACAAUAAACUGAUGAUUCACGACGAUGCGGAUGCCAGGUGCUUGCCGUUUUGCGAGAAAUGUCUGGCGGGAAAGUGCGUCGCACCAAACGAAUGUCAAUGCAAUCCCGGAUAUCGAGGAGACGAUUGCGCCCGUGAAUGCCCGUCGGGAUCCUGGGGUAUGCGAUGCGAGGGAACAUGCGAUUGCGGAGAAAACGGCAAUUGCGAUCCUGCGAACGGCACUUGCCGAUGUCCCCCGGGACUUCGAGGACUCCAAUGCAGAGAGCAUUGCGCAACUGGCCAGUGGGGCCCGAAUUGUGCCAACGACUGCACAUGUCAGAGCCGAGAUAAUGAUUGCGAUGCCGUAACCGGAAGAUGCGCCGACGACGACGAUGAUGACGCUUCCUUAGUCGAACAAACGUCGCCCGGCUAUUUGCGAAGCUCUACCACCGAACCCGUGCAAACAUCCAGGAUUAGUAACGCGGAGCAUACAGAAGUUAUCUCCGCACCGCGCGAGACUACCGAACGCCAAACGGAAGUUUCACCUGUAAAUAUCAAUGACGAAUGGAGCGAUGCGAAUUAUAUCCUACACACGACGACUCCAACAACAGUCGCCGUAGCAAUUCCUCCUCAGAGGACAACAAUGAACGAGACACAGACGAAGGAUCCUCCUACAACUGCCCGGCCUGUGAUCGUGCUGGUUUCCGUCCCCGAGCGCAGAAGAGAUGUCGAAAAGGAUCGACAAAAAUUCGCAAUGAAGGACGAAUUCUUCAGACACGUUCAAAGAGACGAAAACGUCGGCGUGUCAAAAAUCGAUUACGUGAAAACCGUGCACAAAGACGAUAUCCAGACCACGCCGAUCCCGUUGGACAUCGCUCUGAUCGUCGUGGCUGCGAUCGUUUCCCUCGGUCUGACUUCGGUCGCGGUGGUCAUGGUCCUCCACAUGCGGUCCAAACUGUUCGAGACCAUUCGACUUGCGAUCUACGACGAUGAGAAGACCAAGAGCCCGGAGCGCGAAAACGCGAACAGCGAAAGGAUGUCCACGGUGGCGAACUCUAGUCUGCCUCCGCUGCCGAUCCGCGCUAAUCCCGUACUCGCAGCCAACGCGGAACCAGAAACGAUAUUAACGGUCGAUGGCAUCGAGUCACUGAACACUUACGCUAACGGCACAGCUACGAUCGGCCUUCGAAUUUCUGGUAAUCUUCGCGAUUUGUUACAAGAGGGCUACUACGAUCGACCGCCAGCAACUCUGAUACGCUUGCAAACGAACUUCGACCAUAAUACGGAGCACGUGUACGACGAAAUUCCCUUACAAACCACCCCGUUGUCCGGUCACAAGGACAUGUGACAAGCAAAUUUCUGUAUUCGUUCGCAGAAAUAGCCAAAUCUGCUCGUGGUCGAGAGAAGGCGACGUUAACGUGAAAAAAAAAAAAUACGAAGGAAAAUAAAAGAACAAAAAUGCGAAGUGUCUCUGGACAAAACGUAAUUUGCUGUGGACCGACUAUUGAUGAAAAGCCGGUAGUCCAGUCCUGGUGAAAAAUGCGAAUACUAGUUUCCGACCUUACGCACAGCUGCCGAACGUACAAGGUUGAAUAUGACUAUAAUUGAGUGGUACAAGCGGAAAGACAAGUCGUUCGAGCGCCGUGAACUGUCAGUGACCGCCAGUUGGAUUUAACCAGUGAAGCGUGCAACUUUCUGAAUCAACUAUUUUACAGUUUCAACGGGAUGACGUCAAACGCAGCGCGACUGCACUUGAUUACGCGCGACCGCGCAAUUAGAUGGAAAGUGCGAAAUAAUAGAGUCCCGCAUUGACUAUCAUUAUAGAAGCGAUGUAAAACUGGUGAACUACUUGUUCGCGAAUGGAACGCGAAAUGAGAACAAAUUGCCCGCUAAAUCUGGCAAUUUCGUUCGUAAAGUAGGCACGAUUUACUCAACAUGAAUCACCUUGCGUAAAAAUAUAAAACCGUCGUUUAAUUAUUUCAGUUAAUGUCACAAACGAUUCUUCUUGGUUUACAUUAUUACGUUGCAUGAGAAUAAAUACGCUGUUAACGUUUCUAGCAUUAAUAUAAUAUUAUUAUGAAUUAAAAGUUUUUUAUGAACUACUCGACGCAACAAUAAUAGUAAUUUUUUCUCACUGCGAUCGUAUUACAAAGAAGCGAUACUUCUAUCUAUGAACGGAAGUGCAUCUUAUGAUAAUACUGCGAUAAUACUCUGCGUCUCCAAACAAAUCGGUAAAGACGCAUAAGCGAUAAUUCAAUAAAUGCUGCAAACAUUGUUAUCGCAAGAAGCAGUAUAUUUCGUGAAUUGAACACUCAAAAUCUCAUAUAAAAUCUAUGCCAUUUGAAUUAUAUGAUUUUAAGAAGAUAUAACAUAUUAAUAUCAUUCUAGGUAAAGGUAAAUUUAAAUCAUUAUAUCUGCGAUAAAUUAU